GUAGACCACCUGAUCCGUCAUAACUGUCACGGCAGUGUCACUUUCCUACGCAUCUAACUUCCGUUAUACAAACACCCCUUCAAUACUUAUAUAUCAAACCUACCCGAACACCACUACACAGAUCCCAGUAGGGCGCCCGUGUGGAAAUUUCAAACACUUUCUGUGACCAUCAGGACCGUUGAGGACAAUCUUAAUUGGCGUGCCUUGUACCCAACUUACCCAUCUGAAAUUCUGAAUUCCAGAUAUGUUACUGGCAGUGUAUUUGUGUCUAACUUUGGUUCAACUGACCAUUGGUCAGUUUCAGCCACCUUUCGUUGGACCUAACAUAAAUAAUAGAAUUCCCGGUCAGAACUUUCAGCCGAUUCCGGUAGGACCGAUAGAGGACGUCGGUCAAAACGGCCGACAACCCCCAGUAUUCCAGCAAAACGGGAUUCUGGCAGGAGCAGACUUGUUUGUAUACGGCACCUGUUACUUCAACGAGACGGGCUCGAACAUCAGGGGACGAGUUGACUUUCAACAGGCAAGAACGGGAGGUCCGACACGGGUUCGCGUCCAGGUUGUGGGUUUACCGCCAAGUCUGAUGAGCGAUACAGAACACGGGAUCCACAUCCACGAGUAUGGCGAUGUCGGACGUGGCUGCUACGCGACUGGUCCACAUUUCGACUCGGAUACGUUUUCUUUUCACGGAUCCCCAAAUAAUCUUGGAACAGGGAACGCUCACGAGGGUGACAUGGGAAACCUUCGUCAAUCUAACGCUGGAGUCAUAGACUCGGACAUGGUGUUCCCGCUGAUGAACCUCCUCGGGGAUACGGGCGUCUUAGGCAGGGCGGUGGUGUUGCACGAGGGUCGGGAUGAUCUCGGAAGAGGCGGAAAUUCCAUGAGCUUACAGACCGGAAAUGCCGGAGCACCUUUGUCCUGUUGUGUCAUUGCUUGGUCAGACUCGACCAAUUGGAACAAUGCUUUUAUCGCGCGCAGCGGAAAUACCUUCAAUCCAAACCAAGGAGGCAACCAGAAUUUCCAAAAUGGCGGUUUCCAGCAGAAUGGACAACAACAGCGCCAAGGAAACAGAUUCACUAACAGCAAUUUCGCCGGAUAAACGUGCAAUUUUAAACUGAUAAACCCAUGUUGUAUAUUAUUCCGGUAAACUGCCUUGAAUUAAGUUUUUUAUACGAAUUAAUCUUAUUGUUCAUGUAUAAUAUACAGUAUUGUAGUAUCGAGUUGAAAUAUUAAGUAUAGAGAAAACGUAGCUUUAAAACGGUACAGACAAGUGUAACUACAUGGGAGUGAAGCCGGCAUAUUUAAAUACUUUGGCUCGGUACCUCAAUAAGACAGCAGUGUCCAUAUUUGUAUUCCCUUGAGUAUCACGCAAAGCCUGGCAGUUAACAAAAAAAGGAACUAUUUUCUUGGGAACCAAUCUUUCAGAAAAAGAAGAAACUCUAAUGACUGUUGGUGGAUUAUCGUAAUCGUUGGGCAACGUCUGUUUAUAGACUCAAAUACAGCCACUUUUAUUCACUAGCUUGGCAGUAUCAACGUUCAGAUCAAGCUUGGCAGUAUCAACGUUCAGAUCAGGCUUGGUAAUAUCAACGUUCAGAUCAGGCUUGGUAAUAUCAAGGUAGUGCAAGCCACAUGUACCUUUUCUGUAUGUUUUACAUACAGUUUACUCGGGAUCUACAUACCUGUGACCUGUAUCAUGUCGUAGUGUAAUCUGAACAGACGUCCAAACAAGAGUUCCUGAUUCCAUCUACUAUAGCUGAACCGUUAGUGCCACUGACACGACCUGCAGAUACCCGCACCUGAAUUCUGACGUUAAACUGGGGUUACUUCUCUGAUAACUUCUGAAUUAUGACGUUAAACGUUCCGGGGUUACUUCUCGGAUAACUUCUGAAUUAUGACGUUAAACGUUCUGGGGUUACUUCUCUGAUAACUUAUGGUUAAUCCUCGUUACAUGGAUAAGAAGACAGGCGCUUUAAUUGAUAUGUUAAAUGCUUUUGUUAAUGUAUAUAUAUUAUAUCUGAUACUGGCAGUAUAAUGAACGCGCAUCUUUGUUAACAUGCAAUCAUUGUCUAAUUAUGAUCUAUAUAAUAACCCUUGUCUUUUGCAUUUUGUAUUAAUAUUAACAUAAUAAAUAUUUUUUAUAAAA